AUGGAUCCAUCCACGAUCAGAUUUAUUCUCUUCAGCUUCUUAUUCGUCUGCGUCACAGCUGCCCCAGUAAACCAGCAGCGAGACGUCGACAUCUACAGCUUCCACAUCAAUUCUACGGUGACCAGCCGCUACGCCUUCACGGUCAUCACCAGCCGCGUGGCCAACCGGCUCAAUGAGUCCAAAGAAAUUCAUUUCAAGGUUAAAAUCCCCAAAAACGCUUUCAUCAGCAGGUUCAGAAUGACCAUAGACGGGAAGAUUUAUAAUGGCGUGGUGAAGGAGAAGGAAGAGGCGAAGCAGCAGUACAGUGAGGCCGUGUCUCGAGGAGAAAGUGUCGUGAUGGUCAGUUCAGUAGGACGGACUCUGGAGGAGUUUAAAACUUCAGUGACGGUGGCCGCUUUCAGCAAAGUGACCUUUGAACUCACCUAUGAGGAGCUGCUGAAGCGUCGACUUGGUCAAUACGAGCUGCUCAUCAACGCUCAGCCCAUGCAGCCGGUGGCAGAUUUUAAGAUUGACGUUUACAUAAACGAGCGUCCAGGUUUGUCCUUCCUGGAGGUGAAAGGAGGGUUGAAGACAGAAGAUCUGUCCAGCGCGAUCACCAGCACUCAGGCCGCGUCCACUCAAGAGGCGUGGGUGAAAUUCUACCCCACUCGUGAGCAGCAGAUCAAGUGUUGUGUAGAGAACGGACUGAACUCCGACCUGAUCGUAGCGUACGACGUGAAGAGACAAACGAUCAACGGAGAGCUGAAGGUGUCAAACGGCUACUUCGUCCACUACUUUGCACCCACGGAUAUUCAGCGCAUCCCCAAAAAUGUGGUCUUUGUGAUCGACCAAAGCGGCUCCAUGAGUGGAAGGAAGAUGGAACAGACCCGCUCGGCACUGCUGAAGAUUUUGGGAGAUCUUUCUACAGACGACUAUUUUGGCCUGAUCACGUUUGAUAGUGAGAUCCAGGAGUGGAAGCCUGAACUCCUCCAGGCCACAGAGAGCAACAUAGAGCAGGCGAGGGCUUUCGUAAGAAAGAUUUUUGCUCUUGGAGGCACGGACAUCAAUGAUGCAGUAAUGAAAGGCGUGAAUAUGAUCAAGAAGUACCCGAGAGAAGGUACCGCCUCCAUCCUCAUCCUGCUGACCGAUGGAGACCCCACCUCAGGUGAAACAAACACAAACAAGAUUCAGAGAAAUAUAAGGGAAGCCAUCGGGGGUAAAUUCCCUCUGUACUGCUUGGGCUUCGAAUACGACGUGAACUUCGAUUUCCUGGAUAAAAUGGCCCUGGAGAAUUCCGGCCUCGCUCGCAGCAUCUACGAGGACUCGGACGCCGACCUCCAGCUGCAGAGUUUCUACGAGGAAGUGGCCACGCCUCUCUUAACCAGCAUCCAGCUGAACUACAGUGGUGCGGCCAACCUCACCAGGUCCAGUUUCAUCCUGUACUACAACGGCUCAGAGAUCGUGGUGGCCGGUCGGAUCAUUGACCUGGAGACCUUCCAAAUGGAGGUCAUCGCCUUCUCGAAAGGCAGCGAAGUUUUGUAUCGUUAUUCUAUUUCAAUGAAAGACAUCGCUGAUGCGCCGCCACAAAACGAAGAUUCUAUCCAGAGACUCUGGGCGUACCUUACAGUCAAACAGCUCCUGGAGUCAGAAGUGACGCUGAAAGGAGAGGAGAAAGAAGCAGCCAGGAAAAAAGCUCUGGAGCUCUCGCUCAAGUACAAGUUUGUGACCCCGCUCACGUCCAUGGUGGUCACCAAGCCUCGGAAGGGAGAGACUCAGGUCGCCCACAAACCCAAAGAAGGGUAUCCAGGUAUUCCAAGUCCACAAGGUAGGCCAGGUCCACAAGGUUUGACAGGUCCACAAGGUAUGAGAGGUCCACAAGGUAUGACAGGUCCACAAGGUUUGACAGGUCCACAAGGUAUGACAGGUCCACAAGAUAUGACAGGCAUGCCAGGACCACCAGGUUCCCCAGAACUACCUGACUUCUCUGGGUUGUCUGAUCCACAAGAGCCUGAAGCUGAUGAAGUUGAUUAUUCUUGUCCACGGCCCACACAGAUCACAGUACCUACCACCACUCCGCCCAUAGACUUGCUCACAGUGAGGUUCUUGAUCUCGGCUCAGCCUAAGCCGCUCUGCUACGAUGCACCUGUGGGCCACCAGCUCCGCCUCCUUGUUGACCCCCUCGUGUCCAUAUUCCUAAGAGACAAUGAAAUCGAUGUCGCCAUGGGUCCUGUCCGUGUUGUUUUCCUGCUGCAUAAGAGAGGUGGAAAUGCCUUCCUCUGGCCUGCCGUUCGACAACAACCAAAGAACGCUAACGUGCAAGGCAUCCUGGGAAAAGCUAAUCUUCAGAUUGAGGAAUUGUCCGAAUUAAAGAUCAGAAUCAAAGAUACCGAGGCCCAAGCAUCCAGGAGUCAAGCCACCGACUACCGAUUCUCCUCCGCUCCGGCUGUUGAGUGUUGGCUUGUACCGCUCCGGUUUGCCCUGCAGGGGGAGCUCUCUGACCACACCGUCUCACAUCUGUAGACUUCUGAGCUUCAAGCUUAAAUAUAAACAUAAAAACAUAAUAA